UUGGCGACGUGCGAGGUCAGGUGUGAUCCGCGGAUCAAGGUGUUCCAGCCUUACGACACGCACUGGGAAAGUCGCGGGCGUUCGCGGGACAUGGCAACCGUGUUUGUGGCGUGAGGCACUGCACGACAGGCAAGUAAGAAACACACACUCAACAGCCAGAAGAAAUUUUCAAGCAUGUCAGAAAGCACCAUCUAUCUUCCAGAUAAGGUACUGCAGCAACAACCACCUGUUGGAUUUUACAUUAAAAAUCUAGGUACAAAACUGUGAUGACAAGAGACUUCUAUCAACUGACUGUGGAACUGCAGCUUGGAGUACAAUCCUUGCCUCCACUAGUAUGCGAGAGAGACUUGCCACUUUGUGACCAAUCAGCAUCGUUGCUCCGUUGCCAUGGCAACAACAACCAUGUUCCAACGACCACGCGUAGAAGAUGGGCUCUCUGAUGAGGAAGUGUUUCCUUUUGGGGACAACUUGUCUCCAAGAAAACUAUACUUCCAGCCAAACUCCACAGCAAAAUCCUCCUUUCUCAGCGACGAGUAUUCGCGGAAGUCGCUACGAGAACACUCGGCGCCGACGGAGGGAAACGAAAAAGUUGGCCUCUUAGAGAGAAGACUGUCGCUGAACCUUGACCCCAAGAUUUCUUCUGAAGUGGUGAGAUUCUCAGAAGAAAAGGCAGCUGGACUACGUAACUCGAAAGGUGAAGAAUGGAGUGUUUCUUUAAAACAUCGGCUAGAAGAAGACCUGGAUCGGCAGGUGAGGGAAGCGCUGGACACGCCCCCUCUCAUCCGUAUCCGGCGGAACCACGAGAAAGCGCGACAGAAACUCCAGAACCUGUGGGGAACGCUGUCUGAUGAGGAAGACCAGGACAAACUGAAGGAGGGGGAGGGUUGUCAGGACGAUGGUAACCAUGGUGAAAACAAAGACAAUGAGGACAGAGAGGAUGAGUUAAGCAGGGUUGACACGGCGGCGUCAGAAAUCCGGGCCAAGGCUCGGCACAGGAGAAAACCUCUCCACAUCGCGCUACAGCGUUUCCAACGGUUACAGAGGUCAAAUUAUGACGAGUACCCAGGUGUAUUUGGAUUGGAAAGAAGCAUUGAAGAGGCACUGGCAGAGGAAGCUGAAGAAAAGAAGGAAGAAGAAAAGAAAGCCUUGGAGGAGGAGAAAGAGAGGGAGACAUCUCAGUACUACCAGCCGUCUCCGAGUCUACACCUGUCUCCACGUGCAAUAAGGAUCGAGAUGUUCAAGGGGUACACCAGAAAUGGCUUCAAACAGCUUUUAAUGACAGGUGGAAACUCCAAGCACUUAACAAGAAUCAAGAGCGGCAUCUACAUGGACAGGAAUGGCAUCAUCGUGACCAGAGACGGCCCCUUCUGGCCAUCGGAGCACGGUCCCCUCCUGCCCACCCCCCGCUUCAUUUGUGCAUCACCCCUGGAGCCGGAAAAACUCAUGUCUGCAAAGGACUUUUUCCAGCACAGAACAAUCAACGAUAAUGAUCAAUCAAGGUUCCCGCGGCCAUGGCGGGGAAAGGUCGUCGUGUUUGACAGCGAGAGGAUGGCGAAGGGACAGGUACCGCACAACGUGCCGGAGGGUUGCUGCCCCAGCCUCUCGUUCGAGUCCAGAUUCGAAUCAGGGAACCUUCGGCAAGCAAGAAGAAUAGGGCAGUACGAGUAUGAGCUAGUGUUGAAGACAGACCUGUACACGUCCAGACAUACCCAGUGGUUCUACUUCAGGGUUCAGAACGCCCUUCCCGGCAUCACCUACAAGUUCCAGAUAGUCAACCUACUCAAGAGGGACAGCCUCUAUAAUUAUGGCAUGCGCCCCCUAGUGUAUUCUGACAGAAUGGCAAGGGACAGGACGAUAGGCUGGCACAGAUCUGGGCACCACAUUAGUUAUUACCAGUUCUACAACACCAGCAGGAAUCCACUCUUACAACCAGACAUCACCUACUUCUGUCUGGAGUGGCAGAUGGAAUUCCCGUAUGAAGAAGACACAUACUACCUGGCGCACUGCUAUCCCUACACCUACACGGACCUCAAGGAACACCUGGACGACCUGUGCAAUAACGAGGAGACUGGCAGGCACGUGAGGAGAGAUGUCUUGUGUGAGACACGAGCCGGCAACAGCUGCUUCCUUCUCACCAUCACAGAAUUCCCAGAUGAGGAGUCAAAGGUCAAUCUGCGGCAGGCGUGCCACCGUAAUAAGAAGGGUGUGGUAGUGUCUGCACGGGUCCACCCCGGGGAGACCCAGGCUUCCUGGAUGAUGAAGGGACUACUAGACUUCCUCACGGGGGAGUCAGAAACUGCCAAGGAGUUGAGAGAAAACUUCAUCUUCAAGAUUGUGCCGAUGCUGAACCCAGACGGCGUGAUCGUGGGGAACUAUCGCUGCUCGCUCGCGGCGCGGGACCUGAACCGGAACUACCGGAACCCUCGCAAGGAUAUCUUCCCCACGGUGUACUACAUCAAGGAGAUGACUGAAGCUUUCAAGAGAGACCAUGAAAUCAUUGUGUACUGUGAUCUGCAUGGCCACAGCAGAAAGCCGAAUGUGUUCAUGUACGGGUGUAACUCCAUCCAGGGGAGGAUGGGACUGGACGGAGCUGAGGUCUUCAUCAACGAGAGACUGUUUCCCUGGCUCAUGGCACAGAAGGCUCCAGACAAGUUUGCUUUUGGUGGCUGCAAGUUCCAAAUCAAGAAGUGCAAGGAGUCUACGGGUCGUGUUGUGAUGUGGAGAACUGGCAUCAUGAACAGUUUCACCAUGGAGGCAACCUUCUGUGGGACUGAGAAGUUAGGGAGCGGACCUCCCAGGCACUUCAACAUUAAGGAUUUCCAAGACAUCGGCAAGACAUUUUGUGAGGUGGUACUGGACUAUGUUAAGACCAAGGAGAACAAAAGUAAACAAUCUGCGAUGAUCCUGGACCUGACGCGGCACAUCACCCACAUGAUCCUACAGAAACGCGACAUGAUGCCGACCAACCAACCAGACCUUAACGACAACAACAGCGACAACGAAGAGCUCAGCGACGAUGAAGAGAAAGAGAAAGAAGAGAAAACGUCCAGUAAACCAUCGUCCAGUAGUGACAGAGAAACCAGCAAGUCGAACGUCAAAUCAACCAAGCCGGCAAAGGAGAAGAAAUCCAAGGCUGCUCCAAAAGCUGUCCUCCCUCCCCACCUUCUGGAGAGCCCUGAGUACAAGGAUGAGAAGGGGAAUGUGGAUGUGAACAAGAUGAUUGAGGCCAUGUCAACAGAGACAAUUGAGGGGUGCAUCCGGUUACUGGAACAGCUGGAGGUGACCAAGACUUUAUCAGAAUCAGACACAAGUGAAGACUCAGACAGUGAGUCAGAACCAGAAAUGAAGGAUCCUCCUAAGAGGAAGAAGAAGAAGAAGAAACAGAAGCGGACCAAGUCCCUGUCAGCCCUACCUGCCAUGAACAAUGUGGAAGACAAGCAGAAACGCAACAAGACAACGACCCCGCCCUCCACCAAUGUGAAGAUUCCGAGGUACCCGCCGUUCGUGAAUCGCUACGCCAACCGGAGUAACCAUGGGAUCCCCAUCUUUUCUCAGGAGAGACUGCAGGAGAGAGCACAGAAGUCCCUAGAAAAGCAAAAAGCAGCCCUUAGACUGCGGCAGUUUCUGAGACAACAGUACCCUCCUGGUGCUUGGACGUGUCAGAGAGUAGAGGAGAAGGAGAAGACCAGACCGGAUGACAGACAGCAGACUGCCAAUGUCUAUUAUGCUGAUGAGGACAACUACAAGCGGUUCCAGUCCUGGAUGUCCAUGAGUCGAGCGGUGCAGGCACAGAAACAGAAGAGUUCUCAGGACAUCCGUAACACAUUCAGACUGGCACUGUCGGGGCAGCCUGAUGUGUUCAAGCACAGCUACACACAUGCAGGGUCCAUGCCUCCGGUGUCGCUCCAGUCAGAACAGCUGGUUCACAUCGGACCUGAGAUCAGAUCUGUGGAGCCUAGACUGAACCAAGCAGCUUAUCCCGUCAACAAACCAUUCAAUGAAGACAGUGAGUUCAGUAUAAGCAGUGAUGACUCAGAGAACCAGAGGUUUAAGAUCCCUAUGGCGGACCUGAAGAGCCCCUACCAACGGGACAUGUUCCCUCAGCAGUGGGGGGAGGGCCACGCAGCGAGGCCACCUACUCAUGGAAGAAGGGCUGGGGUGUCCCCUCGAGCUUCAGCUGACCAGAACCAGGUCAUCAGGGUUCGCCUCACGACGCGGCCGGACCAGCGUCUCCCGUCCGUGGACAGGCUGGGCAGUGGGAGCUCUAGUGGCAAGGACACGGCCAAGGACAACGUGCUGUCCAGACCUGGCAGACAGCAGCCAGUUGUCAGCCGAAACAUCAAGUCUGCGCUGAGCAACGAUGUUCUACAGAGCAUGGCAGAACUCACGCAUUCCAUGUUUCCACGGCAACCUGAGGGGCUCCUCCCAUCCAGGGGUCAGGGGUCAGUGGACCAGACAGAAGUGCUGUUGGAGAGAUGGAAACUACGGGGGGACGCUCAGAUGCCAACCAGCCCCAGGAAGCCCAAACCUCCAAGCUUUGAGCCUCUAGGGGAAUGAAGAACACCCCUCAACAUGUAAUGGUGCAGUCCAGUAUUGCCACAAACUCCAUAUACCUUGCCAUACUUGUACAUAGUCAUUAUGAUAAACACUUUGCACUCUGUAUGUACAGUGUAAAGUAUAUAGUACAGGCUGUGCAAUAAUUUAUUACAGAUUUUUAUGUUGCAUUUUCCUUUGUUUUUGUUGACACUUGUUUGUAUGUACUAGAUAGAUGCAGUCUUGCCCAUUCAUUCAUAAAGGAAUUGUGGUGAGAAGAGACUUAGUCCACAGCACGUAAAUUUUAUGGACAACGCUACACUAAUGGCUAGUGCCACAUCUACAAGUUGAUUUGCUGUGGCCUAAUGUAAAACAAGAAAGCUUCUGAAAAAAGCUGCCUGGUGCGUAUUUUGGAAAAAGCCUGGAUGUUAAACAAAAUCACAUGAAAAAAGAGUUUUUAAACAUCGAAUUACUGAAUUGGUCUGUCUUCUAUUAAAAAAACAUUACAUGAGAUUUGUCUAACAAAGAAAAAAAAAUUUGUUACAAGUGGGGUUCGAACCCACGAUCCAUGGCUGCAAAAGCAAAUCGCUAUAUCCACCCCGCGCAGACCGCUAGGCCACACAAGCUGAUUGCAUAAUUGCCUACUUGAAAACGUUCUAGAGAAGUACAAGUUUCUGUAAAGAACUUUGUGUAACAGAUUAUUAAUCUAGGUAUACUUUCUAUAUCUAGCUGAUAGGUACUUACUACCAUGUCAUGCUGAGUUUAUCUUUCGUCAGUGACUGGCGAAAAUCUACCGUACUCCACAAGGUCUACAUUUUCUAUUUUUCCUCAAGUUCUACGAUAAUUUUGAUGACCAAAAAUUGAUCUAUUUUUUUCACAUCAUGUUUUAUGUGUGUUUAAGGUUUACUUCUAUAUCUAUUGUUUGCAUGAACUUAUUUGUGCUUAUAAACACUCUAAAAACAUUAGAAAUUGUCCAGUUUGAAUUACAGUGUAUUUUACAUCUUUAUCAAUUACUCCAGUCUAUGGGAUGUAAAUCUAUGUAUGGUUGUGUCACUGGAAAAUGGGUUUAAAAAACUGUAUUUCCCUGUAAAGAAACCAUCCCAUGUUUCCACUAAAUGCAUAUUACCCUUCAGCUUGCUAAGGCACCUGUUUGGGACCAAAUUAUGGUUUAUGAGGUUACUGUAAAUGCAUUUAAGUUGGCGGGGAUUUAAUUUCGCGGUAGCGGGGAAAAGGACUUCCGCGGUGGUUUUAAGUUCGCGGUAGCACCAUGCACUGUAGUAUCUUACUGCCAUGGAAAAAUGUACGCGGUGGUUUUAAGUUCGCGGUGAAGUGUCGACCGCGAAAACUGCGAACAUAUGCAUUAAACCACUGUGAAAGUUUCUGCAUUUACAGUAACCUGCAGGGAGAAGUUUGAGGUCAAAAAUAACUAUGCAAAAAAAAUGUCAUUUGUACUCAGUGGUUUAUAACUUCUACAGAUGCACUCCAAUGAAAUUUGAGAUAAAGGGUACAUGUAAUAUCAAAAUGAAAUAUGACACAUUGUUAUAUAUUGUUAGCAGUUUUAUAUAUAUAAUAUUAACUCUUACUAUCAACAACUAAGAUGAAUUUGUAUCUGCAUUACACUUGGAAUCUACAAUACAUAGCAAUUUGUAUACAAAUGGACGAUAUAUUUUCUAUUCGAGUUUCUUUUCAGAGUGCUUCAAAUGUAUAGACUGAUGUUCACUUUUGUAAUAUAGGCUGUAAAUGUUGUAAAGAAAUGUUCAUAUGUGUCUAUAGUAUUGUAGGUAAAAUUGAAACAAAUUUUAGUACAUGUUUGUAUUUUAGUUUUUUUAUCUUGUGUUUGUGACAGAUGAUUGAUUCACUGCAAAAGUACCAUGUAUAUGGUACACUGAGCGAAGACUCUUUGAAAACAUUAAAUAUUGAAUCACUA